AACCCUCAAAAACCUAACACUCCUCGUAAUACCUAUGCAUCGCCAUCCCUUCCCUUUCUUUCCUUGUUCCCACACUGCCUCUGUGAUGCUCUACGACUCUCUUCUCUUAUGUCCCUUACUUCUCCCAGCCAAUCGCACUCAUAAACCGCCAUACAUAUAGCGCUCGACUUUCUUCGGGAGCUUCGUGUUUGGCCACAGAAAUGCUCGAGGCUUACAAGAAUAGCUCAAUCGACUGGAAGCCGUCUCCUAUAGUUGCCCUAGCCACCAGCGCCGACGACUCCCAGGUGGCUGCUGCUCGAGAAGACGGUUCGCUCGAGAUUUGGCUCGUCUCUCCCGGCUCCGUCGGCUGGCACUGUCAGCUGACCAUCCAUGGGGACCCUAAUUCCAGGGUUUCGUCGCUACUGUGGUGUCGAGCUGGUUCAAAAGGCUUGCCCUGUGGUCGGCUAUUUUCGUCUAGUAUUGAUGGUUCGGUUUCGGAGUGGGAUCUUUUUGAUUUGAAACAGAAGACUGUUUUAAACUCAAUUGGAGUCUCAAUCUGGCAAAUUGCUGUAGCACCCUCUGAUAAUCUUGCACUUGCUACGAAUCCUACGUCUGAGCAUAUUGAAAAUGGGUAUUUAAGCGACAGAUUAGGCAUGGAUGAUAAUGAAACGAGUGAAGUUGAAGAUGAUUCUGACUCAGUUGAGCUUCAUGAGCAACCUGUUAUUGAGUUUCCUCGUGUAGCAAUCGCUUGUGAUGAUGGUUGUGUGCGAAUAUACAGUAUUUCUGACUCAGAUGAAUUAAUUUACACCAAAUCAUUGCCUAGGGUCAGUGGACGUGUUUUAAGUGUGACUUGGAGUCCUGAUGCGAAUAUGAUAUAUUCCGGGAGUAGUGACGGGUUUAUAAGAUGCUGGGAUGCUAAAGCUGGUCUUGAGAUGUAUAGGAUUACAGCUGGACUUGGAGGUUCAGGUGGUAGACCUGAACUUUGUGUAUGGUCGUUACUCUCUUUGAGGUGUGGGGUCCUUGUUAGUGCAGACAGUAGUGGUAGUGUUCAGUUUUGGGACAGUCAGCAUGGGACACUUUUGCAGGCACAUUCUCUCCACAAAGGUGAUGUGCAUGCUCUGGCAGCAGCUCCCAGCCAUAAUAGGGUGUUCUCUGCUGGUUCUGAUGGUCAGGUUAUUUUGUAUAAGCUCUCUAGUGAGACAGUGGGGCCUAGUGAUGACCAAGCUUCUUCUAUAGCAAUGAAGAAAUGGACCUAUGUUGGUUAUGUGAGAGCUCAUACACAUGAUGUCAGGGCUUUGACACUGGCUGUUCCUAUCAGCAGGGAAGAACCGUUUCCGGAUGAAAAGGUGAAAAGAAUUCGCCGUAAGGAGAAGCCAGUUGAAUUUAGUUACCACAAGUGGGCCCACAUGGGAGUUCCAAUGCUUAUCUCAGCAGGUGACGACACAAAGCUUUUUGCGUACUCUGUGAAGGAGUUCACCAAGUUCUCUCCUCAUGAUAUCAGCCCUGCACCUCAGAGGGUGCCCAUUCAGUUGGUGCAUGAUACGGUUUUCAAUAAAACGCCCUUACUUCUAGUCCAAGCUUCCCAUUGGUUAGAUAUUCUCUCCAUACGUACAAAAAGUGUUGCCUUUCCUGACAUGGCCUGUGGUCCUUCUGGCGGCCUUGCAAUGACAGAUCUGCUUGCUCGAAUUAAGGCUAAGGCAUCUCGGAAGAUCAUUUGCAGUUCUAUUUCUAAUUCGGGUGAACUUUUUGCAUAUUCUGAUCACGUGAGACCCAGCCUAUUUGAAUUGAAGAUGCUUGGAGCUGGGAAAAGUACAUGGACUGUUAAUAAAAGGCUACUUCCUCAGAGACUACCAUUUGCCCAUUCAAUGGUUUUUAGUUUUGAUUCUUCUCGUUUGAUGAUAGCUGGGCAUGAUAGAAAGAUAUAUGUUGUAGAUGUGGGCAGCUCACAACUAGUGCAUACCUUCACACCAUGCCGCAACUUGCAUGAUGAGCAAUUACAGCCAAGUGAACCUCCUAUCACGAAAAUGUUUACAAGCUCUGAUGGGCAGUGGCUAGCUGCUGUCAACUGCUUUGGUGAUGUGUACAUAUUUAAUCUGGAGAUUUUGAGGCAGCACUGGUUCAUCUCAAGAUUGGAUGGUGCCUCUGUUACAGCUGGCGGUUUUCCUCCAAGGAACAACAAUGUGCUUAUUAUUACAACCUCUUCAAAUCAGGUCUAUGCAUUUGAUGUUGAGGCCAGACAAUUGGGAGAAUGGUCUAUGCAACACACAUUUGUUCUGCCAAAGAGAUACCAAGAGUUCCCGGGGGAAGUCAUUGGGCUUUCUUUCUUGCCCUCAUCAAAGUCGUCAUCUAUUAUUGUUUACAGUGCCAGGGCUAUGUGUUUGAUUGACUUUGGGAUGCCCGUGGAUCGAGAUGAAAGUGAGAUGGUAAAUGGUCAGGAUACAGCACCAAGAAAUUUACAAAGUACUCCCAUCAAAGGGAGACUGAAACGUAUACUGAGAGAUGGUCAAACAGAGAAUAAACUCGGUGGUAGAAAAAAUUUUGAGUUUUUUUCUUUCAGAAACCCAGUUUUAUUUAUAGGACACCUUUCGAAAAAUUCCCUGUUGAUCAUAGACAAACCAUGGUUGGAAGUGGUUAAAACUUUCAGUACCUCACCGGUUCAUAGACAUAUAUUUGGGACGUGAUUGCUGUAAUUGCUCGUCAAAAGGGUUUGUUUUACAGGCAGCCAUUGGAGCGAGAAUUUUCGAAGUGGCGACACUUUCUCCUCGGUCACCUUGGCUCCAAAGCAUGUUUUGUAUUGUAAGCCUUGAAUAAUUCUUGUUAACCCGUUAAAAUAGUUUUUUUUUGUUUCU